UUAAUAGAACUGAAUCAUCCCAACCUUGUUAAGCUCAUAGGAUGCUGCGUUAAAUUCGACCAAGUCUUCCUUGUUUAUGAACUCAUGGCUUACGAAAACUUCUUGGAUUGCCUGCGAGUGGGAUCUCUAAGGAGGCUUCCAUUGGUUACGAGGGUGAAAAUAGCAGUAGGAAUUGCUCGAGGGAUGGUUUUCUUGAAAAAGAAACAACGUGAAAUCCUUGACAACAUGUAUCCGGGAAGACUAGUCAGUGAGGGUUUUAAAGACUAUGCUGGAGCUAGUGACUCUAAGCGGUCCUCAAAACCACAGACUGAUGACCUGAGGAUAGAAACAAUCAGUGAGUAUCAGCUUCACAGAUCUAAGAUAAUGUUGGAUGCAAAGGAUUUUACGGCAAAGCUUUCAAAUUUCAAGACUACUUAUGAUUUUGCACCUUAUAUGCACAAACACAUUAAACUCGUUCAAGGAGAAUAUUAUCCUGGGUGCGAGCCCAGUCCCAUUGAAUUAGAAGACGAUGUCUCUGGCUUUACAGUGGUAUUCGUGGAGGUGCUAAUAGGGACAAAAAUCUCUGAUUAUAUAGAUUUGUGGAGUAUUGAUGAUUAUUUGAUAAAACAAGGAAAAAAGUCCUUGCGUCUUAUUGCAGAAUUAUGUUUUGAAAUMUGCAAUGAGGUGGAUUCAGAAUCAAGGAUACUCACAAUCUUGGAGGAGUAUGAGGAGCAUAUUAAAGGAAUAGACCAAGAUUUUUUUUAUAUGUAUAACAGAUUAACCUGAGAAAAAUAGUUAUGUUUUCUAAUUUCAAGUACAGUGUUCUAAUACAAAAUAGCAAAAUUUAGAGA